AUGGCCCCUAUCACCAAGACUCUCGCCCUCGCUGGCGCUUUCUUUGCUCUGACCGGCUACGCCGCUCCUGUUGCCAAGCGCGCUGUCGUUUGGGAGACCGUUACUGACGUCGUCUGGACCACCGUCGAUGUCACCACUACUCUCUACCCCAACCAGGCUCCUACCUCCACUGCCACCAUCGUUCCCGUGAACGCUGCUGCGGUCCCUACCAGCCAGGCUGCUGUUGAGGAGAAGAAGGUUGAGCCUACCACCACCCCGAUUGUUGCUCCCGCCCCCGCUCCCGCUCCCACUGAGCAGGCUGAGACCACCACCGCAGCUCCUGCUCCUGCCCCUGCCCCUGCCACCACCGAGGAGGCUGAGACCACCACUGCCGCCCCUGCCCCUGCUCCGGAGCCUACCACUUCCUCCACCACCUCCAGCGCUGUCGCCGCUACCACCCGCUCUGCCAAUGUCGAGACCACCGCCAGCAGCGGCUACACCGGCGCCUGCUCCUCCGGCUCCCCUUGCGAUGGUGACAUUACCUACUACGACACCGCCACCACCUCCACCAACCCCAGCUCCUGCGGCACCACCAACGACGGCACCACUGAGAACGUCCUGGCCCUGCCCGUCGGCAUCAUGAAGGACGGUGACUGCGGCAAGUCCGUCACCAUCGAAUACAACGGCGUCACCGCCACCGGUACCGUCGUCGACAAGUGCAUGGGCUGCGAUAACGGUUCCAUCGAUCUGUCCCGCCACCUCUUCGGCCAGCUUGCCUCCAUGGGCGCUGGCCGUGUCACCGGCGUCAAGUGGUACAUCAACUAA